AUGACCCACCGCAAUAGACCCUUAAAUUGCCCCCACCUAGUCCUAAAUUUACCCUUUGUUUUUUUGUCCCUUUUCAUUUUUAGCCAUUUUAUUAGUCUCCCACACACACUCUCUCUCUCUCAGACACUGCGAAAAUCUCUUCAUUGUCUCCCAUCUCAGCCAAAACUCAUCUCAGUCUCCAAACCCCACCGCAACAACCCAACAUACUCCCACCUCUUCUGCGCCAAAUACGUCCCUUUCAAUCAUCUCACCAAACCUCCGACGAGUCCUACUCCGUCGACAAAAUCGUGUACCGCUCUCAAUCUGGUGGGCUGCUCGACGUCCAGCACGAUAUCGUCGCUCUCUAAAUCGCGUAGCCGUAGCUCCGAAGGAUGGGAUGAAGGUGUGCUGGGAAUGCAAUUGGGAGAAGUUGCUCGUCUGCGGGAUGUUCCUUCAGCCCAACAAUCUCCAGCUCUCCAAAAAUUGUCAGCCGCAUCCCAUCAACAAAGCAGCUUAUAAGUUUUAUCUUGGUGUUCGAGGACUUUUUUGUGUACAAAGAACUACGGAAGAACAACUGCAUUUUUUGCAAGUGUUGAAGGAUAUUUUUAAACAAUUUGGAACUUUGAUUAUAGUAUUAGCUUAAUUUGAGCAGUUGUUUUAUUCAAAGAACCACAUCUUUUUUUGUUAAUCUUAUGAUGGUGGUUAUAGACAACGUUAUGUAUUUGAUAAUCUAUUUCUAUGUUAAUAUUACGUUAGUUUGGAGACA